GCUAUCACUGCUACUGGAGGAGACGCUUCUCUUUCCAGUUACUUUUUUCAUUCCAAGGUAAAUUCAUAUUUAUAUACUCAUUAUUUUCAUUGUAAAGACAUGAAGACUUCCAUGGGAGACUAUCUUAAGAAAUGCGAGAAAAUCAGAGCUGGGAUGAAGGUGAAGGAGAUUGGAAAUGGAGGUUUGAGGACAAGAGAUAAUGAUGUGGAGGUUACGAGUAAUUCUAUGAUCUCCUCAACUAAGAGAAGAAAAUUUGAUGAUUCUGUAACUGACGUUGAUUUUAGUGAGAAUUCAACUUCGCAGGCUACAUCUGUAACGUCUGUUCAUAUUCCGACGAAUUCGCAGUGUUCGAGUUGUAAUGAGUCUGGUGAAGUUAUGAUGAAGAAUGUAUUGGAAUCGUUAGAUCUGAAGGUGAGGUUAAAUGCCGAGGAAUUCGCAACUGACAAUUCGGCUUCUUUUAACGGCGGUUUCAGAGAAAAUUUCAAGCCAAUUGAUCAGCCGAAUCUACCUAGUGAGCAGUGUGAAGACUCGGAAGAUAUGGAGUCAUCAUCCACAACAACCAACAAAUCAUCUUCGGCUGCCAGUGCUCACCGGAAAAAGGCGUCUGCAUCGAAGGUUCCACCAGAAGCGGAAAUUGAAGAGUUCUUUUCAGCCGCGGAAAAGCGCGAGCAAAAAAGAUUCGCAGAAAAGUACAAUUACGAUAUCGUGAAGGACGCGCCAUUAGAGGGACGUUACCAGUGGGUUAGUUUGAAGCCUUGAAGAAUAAAUCAAUGAAGAAAAGGAGAUGAGAGUACAAUUGCUAAAGAUGGUUUACACGGCGAGUUUCAAAAAAAAGGAAUCCAAUACUCUGAUCCUUUUAAAUUUCUUUCCAUUUCUAGUUUUAGAUCAGCAUUUACUAUUUACUGUUUCAGCUUAGUUUAGCUUUAUCGGUGUACAGCCAUUGGCCUUUCCAUAUUUGUGUAAAGAAGCUAUUUAUGUGAA